GCUGGGCAUUCAUCUCGUAGUUGUGGUUUUAUUGUCAACUUUAUUACUGUCGCUGUUCGUUGAUUGCUGAACUUGGCAGGCCACAAUGUCGGACCUUUCAGACCUUAAUAAAGACCUCACGGCUGCGCUGAAGAUUCUUAUCUCCCAUAGUCAAAACAUCACCCCCGGCACUCAACCAUUGAUCUCUGCUAACGCUCCACACAAAGUCCUUCGCGCACGAUCGACAGCUCUCGCGGCCAUUUCUAGAAUCCAGACUCUCCUCGCAAGCCCCUCCGACUUCCUGCACCACCUCGCCGUCCAAAACCAACUGCUCGCUUGUCUGCAAUGGCUCGGAGAAUUCCAAGUCCUUGCAUGCAUCCCACUUCAGGGCAGCGUUCCCGUCAAAGAUGUCGCCGACCUGGCUAGCGUUCCUGAGACGCACCUCUCCCGCGUCGUCCGAAUGACAACCACCGCCGGGUUUUUGCAGGAACCUCAGUCAGGUCAUGUCGCACAUAGCGCACUCUCCUCUCCGUUCGUCACGAAGCCAUCCUGUCUCGACGCCGCAAUGUUUCUCGCUGGAACCGUUGCCCCAGCUGCGCUACAGUUACCCACAGCAACGCAGCGUUUUGGCUCGUCGUUGCGCACAAACGAGACGGCGUACAACCUCGCCUUCAACACCCCCAGCACCUUUCCCAGUAUAUGCGAGCAGAGACCCAAACUGCAGCGGCAAUGGCCUGCGUUUCUCCGUUACGGCACCAACGACGUCGAUGAUCAAGUCACGGAUCUUCUGUCCAGGCUAGACCAGUUUCGCGGAGGAACCAUAUCUGUCGUCGAGGUGAGCGCUCGCUCCAUCGACCGCGCAACAUUCCUCGCAAAUCUUUAUCCAACCCUGCACAUCAUCGUCCAAAACCCAACAGCAACAUCUGGCUCAGCCUUCGACGACAUCCGCCAACUCACCACAAACAUCAACGCAAACGCAGCUUCCAACAUAACAAUCCAGCACCGCGCUGUUACAGCCCCGCAACCAAUCCUAGAUGCCUCGAUCUACAUCCUACACCUCCCCCAGCCCUCCCCAAUAACCCCCUUUGCGGCCCUCACGCCCCUUAUAGCCGCCGAGCUCCGCGUCCACCUCGACGUCCUUCGCGCCAACCCCACCGCAACCCUCAUCCUCACCCCUCGUCUUCUACCCGAGCCCGCAUCUGUGGAUCCAGAUGUCGAGGCGACAGCACGACUGCGUGAUCUUGCGCUGCUACAGCUGGCGAACGAGCGAGAGAUCGGUCUGGAGGAGUGGAUAAAUAUCCUCAAUAGCGUGAGCGAUAAUAUGGGCAGACUAGUGGUGGUUAACAAGAUAAGGUCGAGGGAGAGUGUGGUUGUGCUACUGGAGGUUAGGUACCAGGCUUUCAAUCGUACAUCGUGGACCAAAGAGACUGCUACGAAAGCACACUUGAAACUAUGCUUGGAUUUCUAUGCAAAGGAACGAUUUGAGGGGGAACUUUAUUUAGGGCACGGCCCCGUUAGCUCUUACGAAUAUGACUUUUGAGUCGAAAAGUAUAUAAACCCAGAUAACCACUUGACCAAAGCAUCUGGACUCGUUAGUAAGGUUGCAUGUUAUUCCAUUCCAUCAUACGGCUAUGCUUUUCUGUCGGGAAGGUGCUGAAAAUCGCCUAAUGAUCUCCC